UGCCCUUUUCAUUGGAGAAACAUGGAAUCAAUGACAGUAUUUUUCCACUUGCUUUUGUCUUGUGGGUGAUCUUUGCUUGCAGUUGAAGCAUCUUGCUAUGAUGAUUGUAUUAAGUUUUCUGGUCAGUCCAGGGAUCUUGAACUAUGUGUUAGUAGUAGUAGUAGUAGUAGUAGUAGUAGUAGUAGUAGUAGUGCUAAUGCCAUAUGAGUUGAGAGUGUGUGAAAAGUGGACAAAUGCAUGGAAGCAGCAGCAGCAGCAGCAGCCAUGGAUGGGGGACCAAAUCCCUUUUUAUAUAUAUAUAUAUACACACACACAUUUUAUGUUUAUAAACAUAUUAUAAUAUUAAUCAAUGAAACCAUAGCCGACAAUCAUCUCUUUUGUACUAUACCCUUUCCAUGUAUUUUUCCUAAUAAUAAAAAGAAAUUACACAGGCGUAUAUGUGAAACAACAUGCCUCAGUCUUCAAUACUCUCGUCGAAAGAAGAGGAGAGGAGAGGAGAGGAGCACAAGAUCCAAUAUGGAAGAGGAAACCAUAAUAAACAUAAUGUCAACACUCUCACCUGAGAGACUCAGAAAUCUCUCCCAUUCAAUCCUAACUCUCUCCCACCACCACUGCCGCCGUCUCUCCGCCGUGCUCUCUUCUCCGGCGCUCUUCUCUCUCACUCUCUCACACCUUCUCUCCCUCGACCUCCCACACAAAACCAUCCUCAUCGCCCGCCACCUUCUCUCUCUCCUCCACCUCUACCUCCGCCGUCCUCCGCCGUCUCCCACCGCCGCGAUCAAUCUCCGGGACUGCGACGCGGCGGUGCUCCUCCUCUUCCUGUGCGAGACCCACCAGCUCGACCCAGAUAUUCUCGAAGCCUCUCUAGACCGGUGGAGAGAAGUGCUGAGUAAAUUAUACUCAGAUUCCAUGUUGAAUGGUCUGUCCGGCUUGUGGACAUGUAAUUCCGGUAUCUUAAUGCCUUACGUCGAAACCCUCGUCAGGUGUAAAAGUUUUGUUGACAGAAUGAGCGGCGGAGGAGGAAAGGAGGGUAAGGAAGUGGCGGCAGCUAGGGCCGCCGUGGUGGCUCUCCGGGCGGUGGAGGUGGUCGCCGGAGACGGAGGAGGAGUGGAGUGUGUUAUAUGCAAGGAAGAGAUGAGAGAAGGGAGGGAUGUUUGCGAGAUGCCAUGCCGGCAUUUGUUCCAUUGGAAAUGCAUCUUGCCUUGGCUGAGCAAGAGGAACACUUGCCCUUCUUGCCGGUUUCAGCUUCCGACCGAUGAUGUCUUCGCCGAGAUCCAACGGCUCUGGGAGAUUCUCUUCAGGGCCAGUGAAUCAUACGUGGCGUAAUCGUAACGGUUGGAUUAUAUGGUCUUUAUUGAUUUGGUCGUAUUAUUUUUAUGCGGCGUUGUAUAUAAAGAAACUCAAGAGAUUUUGUUCUCUUCAUCGAUAAAUAAACGUGUGGUCAUAUCGCU